GAUGAACUUGCAAAUGGCAUAAUGCUUGCACAAGAUCGUCAUCACCAAGGAGGACAUAUACAAAUGCCUGCUUAUAACAACAUACCAGUCCAUCAUACUAAUUACAAUGGUUAUAUGACAUCCAAUUGGCAAUUUCAUCCUCAAUAUCCGACUCAGCCUGCUGCAAUGUUUCAUGCGCACUCUUAUGGAGGAUUGCAUCAGGGAUAUCCAUACCAUGGAUAUCAUAAUUCGUUUGUGAGUACUCUAAAGGAGGUUGAAAGAAAUGCAAAAGAUGGAAUAAAGAAUGGAAAAGGAGGUUGAUACGUGUGAUAUGUUGCUUCCAUACCUAGAAGAUUAUGAAGACGGAUGUAGCUUUACUGAGAUUGUUGACAUUUUUAAAUUUGAUGAUUCUGCUUCCAAUUAUACCACUGAUGUUCUGACUUCUAUGAGACUUCUUCGAGGGUUCAAAAAGGCUCGAUGAGUUAUGGGUCUUUUUGGGAAUUAUAAUCGAUGACAAGGAUAGACUAUGCAAUUCACAUUGUUGAUUGAGGCAGAAGCAAACCACAUGCAAUUUUUUAUUGUGAAUUUUGUUUAUUCUAUAUAUUAAUAUAUAGCAUCAACAUCGUAUGUUUUCU